AUGACAGUUGCCGAACAGGAACUGCCCGAUAGCGGCGCUGCUGUUUCUCUGCCCAUUCGCGCCAAUGGCUCAGAUGUCGCGCCCGCGUCAAGCAGCAAUGCGCUGACGGGAAAACAGGAGCACUACUUGAAGAGGGAACUCAUCGCAGAUCAAGUCAAGUGGGAGAUCAGCGAGCUCAAUUCCCCCACGGCCCUGCAGCGCUUCGGUGCGCCUUUCAAGUCGGAACAGGGCGAAGUGGCCCCCCAGGAAUCCGAGCUGCCGAUUCUGCGAUACAUCUUUGUCAAUCAUGUCCGCGAUUUCCCGUUUCUCGACAAGGCCAAGGAGAAGGAGUUUUGGCAAGAUAUGCUCCAAGUCUUUCUCGAGUCGUUUGCCAUGAAGCAGAUUUCCUCGUCCGAAGACCGUCUGGAGGAAACGAAGCGGCGGAAGCUGGCCAUCAAGGCGCAGAAGCUGGUCGAGCUGAUGAUGGUUUCCGGCAUCCCCACCUCGUCCGGGUUCGAAGAGCGCAUCAAGUUUUCGGAAAUCGAAAUCGUAGAUAGCAACGCCAUCGACAGGGGCGUUAUGAACACCCUCCCCGAAGGAAACUACAUCAACGGCUGGGACGUCAAUGUGGCCGGCGUUCGCGUCACUUCGGUCAAGCGCAACAUCAGAUACCACAAGCACGCCGAGUUCAUUCUCCGAAUCAAGAGAAAGGGCGAGCUGGAACACUUUGUCGGGCGCCGAUAUGGAGACUUUAGCAAAUUGCACCGAAGACUGCGCACCGAACUGCCUGGGAGAGUCAUACCUGCGCUGCCGAAGAAGAACAAGUCGGAUACGCGAGCAACCGGGCUGCUGCCGAGCUUUACUACAGGAAACGACUCUGAUGCCUCCUCUGUGUCUUCAGAAUCAACUCGGAGGACGAGUAGACUGUCCCAGCAGUUUGGCGCAGCGUCGCUACUAACUCCUGGGGGAGGAGCUUCACGUGGCCCAGGAUCAAUAAGGUCAUCCAAAUCAAACCGCUCGAGGAAGGUAGCCUCACCUCGGCCAUCUGUCGAUGGUCAAGUAAGCUCUGGAGCAGGUACUCCAAAUGGGAAACAGGAGUAUGUCCUUUGGCGUGAGAACCAGAGAGUCUCGCUCCGCGCUUUCCUACGAUCUCUCUUGCACAACCCCCAAAUCGCCAAUACUAAAGCAAUGGUGGACUUCUUCAGCGGUGACCCCAUCACACCGACAGACGAGGACGUCGAAGAUAUCUUGAGGCGCAAGGCACUCGAUGAGAAGCGUAUGGAGGAGCAAAAGGAAUUUUAUGAGAUUGCUAGGAGGCGUGCUGCUGAGCUUGAUGAGUAUAUGGAACAGUUCCGGCGGGAUAUCGUCGAACGCAAUGGCCUUACACUCUUGUUCAAAGAGAUCAAGGAAAAACCGACGAUUGGCGAUCUCAGCAUUCAAUAUCGUAAAUUUGCCGAGUGGCUGAGGAUCGAAAUCGCUGCCGUCAUAUACCACCUCUUCUUGGCCGAAGACAACUCGGCAGACAUGUUUGCUCAAGCCAAACGCAUUCAUUCGCUCGUCCCAUAUACCGUCAUUAAGAACGUCAUCCGAAUUGCGAAUCCUGCAGCCGUCAUGUCCGGUAUCCUGGACAUAUUCAUUGCCCAACCCUUCGGAGCCCGAUCACUCAUGCAGCGAAUGUUUUCCCUCGCAUUGCAUGAUGGCAUCCGAAGCUUCCAGAGGUCUAUUGACGCAUUGGAUAUCAAGAUUGGCGACCCCGUAUUCACCGAAAAGAUCAAACUGUACACGAACGCCGAGGAAGACAUCAAAAAGGAAAUCCGGCGCCAAGCCGAAGAAGAGGACCUUGACAUCAUCGUGGUGAUCUUGCGAUCAGAUCUUCUCGAACCCGAAUUGACGGGCGAGCAGAUCCAGCGAUUAUUCAACGCAUAUGUCGCCUUUAACAAUGCCGUCGAGAACAUUGACGAGGAACUGAAGCAAGGAGCCCAGCUCUUCUCCUACCUUAAACAGCUUCUCAAGCUUUGCACGCGCUACAGAGAUAAGAGCAUGCUGCUACAACUGAUUGAGGAGCCUGUUACGCUGAAGCUUUUCCGAGACCUAUUCACCAUAUUCUACGAGCCCCUCGUGCGGGUGUACAAGUCGGCCAACGUAUACAAUAGCGUCACUGACUUUGCUGUUUUCAUCGACGACAUGAUCAAGGUGGUUGAAAAAUGCAGGGAAGACGAUGCGUCUGCAGAUCCUAACCAGACUGUCCAAGCAUUUAUCGAUCUGUGUGCUAGACACGAGCACAACUUUUACAAAUUCGUACACGAGAUCCACACGCACGACAAUGGUCUCUUUACUCAGCUGAUGGAGUGGAUCGAGGGCAUCUUGGAGUUCCUCCGCAAAGGACCCAAGAACGGCACGCUGAACGUCAACGCCUUGUUCGAAGGCGGCGUCAGCAGCGGCGUCAUCAACAAGGACAAGGCAAUAAAGGAGAUUGACGCCCUGAUCGCCUGGCAAGAGGCCCGGAAGAAGUGGCACAGCGAUAAGACGCAGCAGAAGAUGGCGGCGGAAGGACAGCCGGGUAGCGAUAUGAUGCCGACCGGCUUCAGCUCGUCCGACUUUGGCCUCAACGAUGACGACCUGGAGGACUUGGCGUACGACGAUGGUUCCGAGACUGAGGCGGAGGACGAGGACGACAUGGAUCCGAUAGAUGCUGAGAGGCAGAGAAGGGCCAAGAAGCGCGACCGUCUGCGCCGUUCGGCGGGAGAGCCUGUGAAGCCGGAUAUCUCCGAGGUUCACAAGCUGAAGGAGAAUUUCCUGGUUAUGCUAAGGAAUGUCUUGGCUGAUUAG